AUGGACAAGUGCCGUCGCGGCAUUCGAGGAAGAGUACAGUACGUGCAGAUUGUUUGGGCGGCAGUCUCACUCUUUAGACGAAAGCAGGUGUCUCUUCUACGUAUCCGAAUGAGGACGGGAAAGCCAGCUUUUUGCAAUCGGCAGAACCAGCAGUUGGGCCGGGGUGGAGACGAGUGGGUGUGCUGGUCACCAAUCGAGCACUUGAGGAAAGUUAUAUAUGUUACUGAGCAAUAUCGAGGGCUUACGCUGCACUUGAAGAAGAGACGGUGCCGAAAACGACUGAUUCUCGGACAUCACGGUGUCUGUGUCCCCACUUGGUGA